CACGAGACUUUGCGAGAGGAAAACAUUGAGCCAUGAUGCAACCACAGAUCAUCCUGCUGAAGGAGGGAACGGACUCCUCCCAGGGAAAGCCCCAAGUUGUUAGUAACAUCAACGCCUGUCAGGUGAUCGCUGAUGCAGUCCGUACAACGCUUGGCCCGCGUGGAAUGGACAAGCUGAUUGUGGACAAUCAAGGAAAGUCCACAAUUUCCAAUGAUGGGGCUACUAUAAUGAAACUAUUAGACAUAGUGCAUCCAGCAGCUAAAACCCUGGUAGACAUUGCAAAGUCACAGGAUGCUGAGGUAGGAGAUGGGACAACAUCUGUGGUUCUGCUGGCAGUGGAGUUCCUCAAGCAGGCCAAACCCUACAUAGAGGAAGGAGUCCAUCCUCAAAUCAUUGUGCGGGCAUUCAGAAAGGCAGCCCACCUGGCAGUUGAGAAGAUAAAGGAAAUAGCUGUGAAAAUCAAGAAAGAUGACCCAAAAGAGCAGCGUCAGCUGUUAGAGAAGUGUGCAGCAACUGCUCUCAGCUCUAAAUUAGUCGCCCAUCAGAAGGAGUUCUUCUCUAAAAUGGUGGUGGAUGCAGUCAUGUUGCUGGAUGAGUUACUUCCCCUGAAUAUGAUUGGGGUUAAGAAAGUUCAGGGAGGUGCUUUAGAGGAUUCCAGGUUAGUGGCUGGAGUGGCCUUUAAGAAAACCUUCAGCUAUGCUGGAUUCGAGAUGCAGCCUAAAAAGUACAAAGAUCCCAAAAUUGCUCUGCUGAAUAUUGAGCUUGAAUUAAAGGCUGAAAAAGAAAAUGCAGAGGUGCGGGUAGAUACUGUUGAAGAGUACCAGUCAAUUGUAGAUGCAGAAUGGACCAUCCUGUAUGAGAAGCUGGAGAAGAUACAUCAGAGCGGGGCUAAGGUUGUGCUGUCCAAGCUACCUAUAGGAGAUGUGGCUACACAGUACUUUGCAGAUAGGGACAUGUUUUGUGCUGGACGUGUUGUGGAGGAGGACCUGAAGAGGACGAUGAAGGCAUGUGGAGGCUCAAUACAGACCACAGUAGCUAACCUGGCUGGUGAUGUGCUAGGUACAUGUCAGGAUUUUGAAGAGGUUCAGAUCGGAGGAGAAAGGUACAACUUAUUUACUGGCUGCCCCCAGGCUCGUACCUGUACCCUGAUCCUUAGAGGUGGGGCGGAACAGUUUAUUGAGGAGACAGAGAGGUCAUUACAUGAUGCCAUCAUGAUUGUCAGACGUGCCAAGAAAAAUGACUCCGUUGUUGCAGGUGGAGGAGCGAUAGAGAUGGAGCUGAGUAAACACCUUCGUGAUUACUCCCGGACAAUCGCGGGUAAAGAACAGCUGCUGAUUGGGGCCAUGGCCAAGGCAUUAGAGGUCAUACCAAGACAGCUGUGUGACAAUGCUGGAUUUGACGCCACCAAUAUCCUCAACAAGCUGAGACAGCGCCAUUCACAGGGUGGCAUGUGGUUUGGAGUGGACGUCCUCACAGAAGACAUCUCUGAUAACUUCGAUGCCUGCGUCUGGGAACCGUCCAUUGUAAAAAUCAAUGCGUUAACAGCUGCAGCCGAGGCUACCUGUUUGAUCCUGUCUGUGGAUGAGACGAUACGAAACCCCAAGUCUGGAGGAGAGGGUGGACCAGGGCCUAGGGGGAGAGGUAGAGGCAGGCCAAUGUAAGGGACAUAACCCUCUCUGCAUAGGUUUGUUCUGGCCUUGGACUGUAACCAUUAUGAAUGGUUGCUUCAGUUUCAAAACCAGCGGUCUUGAUGGAUCGUCAAUAGAUCGGAUUCUCCAGAAUUUAUUGUGACCAAAUGCUUCUUUUGGAUUCUUCAAAUUGACAAGUGCAAGAAAUGGGUAUAUGAAAAAUGAAAUGUUCACCUGGAAUUAUCCAUUCCGUAUUUAUUUCACCAGUGCUAUUGACAUUUGCUUAUGCCAUAAUGAUAUGUAUACAGUACCACCAACCCAUGUCUAGUGCUCAUAAAAUAUCCAGCCAUCUAUUUGUACUUGUCAUGAACAGCUACCCAUUGUAAUGUUAAAACUGGUGCACUGAGACACUUGGAUCUGUCUCCAGUGAACAAACAGAACGUUGAUUUAAUCUUGCAAGGAACCACAUUACAAAAUUGAAUUUUUGUCAAUAGUGCUAUUUCUGUAUUAUGUCCCAAAGUGUUUUGUAAGCCAUACAUGUAAUUAUUUGCAUCAUUUCAAAAAAAAAAAAAUUAAAACCAAAAUAUUGAAACAAACAAUGUGCAUGUAAUAUUUUCUCUUUCAUGGUUAUUGCAGACUAGAAAAUGAAAUUUGACCAGAUGAAUGAUUCCAACAUAAUGUCUUUGUCACACCUGAGAUUUUUUUUUUUUUUUACUAUGGUGAAGACCUGUCGUCUGCUAUCAACUCUUUUCUUUUCCCAUAAUGCUUUAUGGCUUGUGGCAUCAUGCAUUAUUUCUUAAAUGCACACUUCAAAUCUAUGUGUAAAGCAUUAAGACAGAAAUUAAUAUGUGUGCCAAAUUAAAAGUAGCUCCAGCCCAGAAUCAUUUAACAUAAACAAUUCCUCAUUAUGAUAUAAAACUCAUAUGAAAUAAAAAAUUGACUUUAGCAGAAACAGAAA